UUUAGUAGCGAGUUUCGUUUAAGAUAUUUUUUUAUCUCACGGCUAGCUAGCUACUUUAGCAUUAUAGCUAAUCCCAUAUCAGUGAGGGGGAGAAUCUCAGCUCUGCAGUUUAGCUAGUUAUCUCAUUAAAAUGAAACACACAGCACACUAUUAGUAAACAUGUGUAUGAGUUACAUACUACUAUCUUAUAUAAGAUAUAUUUUUUAUAAUAGUUGAUUCAAACAUUUACUUUCACCCAGGCUCGGUAUGCCACGUUUAUCUCUCACAGAUGUUUAAAGAUGCUUCUGUCUGCAUCUGUUACUGUUGUUUUCUCCGUCGGAGAUCCUCAGCAGUCUUUAGAUCUCUCCGGUGCUUAAAUGUCACAGCGACACAUUCACAUGGUAUCGCUGCACAGCGGUCAGUCCCAUCUAUCCCGCAGCGGGCAGAAAUGUCACGUUUACCGCACGGAUCACCCCCAUCCUGCCCUUUGCAUCUGACAGAAACACCUCUGCGAUCGCACCACAUGACGCGAGCAAGCUGCAAACCGAAAACACGAAUCGACUUUAUUCGGAAUCUUUAUUAUCUUGAGUAGUUCAUGGGUAUUGUUUAUUGUUUGUGCAUUUACAGGAAAGCUUCUGUACAGAAUCCGACGGUUUUACAUUCCAGCAUCCUAAAAUGUGUUCAUCAUAGACCCGUAUGGUCACACGUGUGUUGUAUGAGGGUGUGGAACGCUCUGACUAAUAACUACGGCAACGUGAUGCCCGUGGACUGGAAAACAUCUUACACUCGCUCUCUGCACCUGCCUGCCCUUAAACUCAUCGAGCAUGAGGGACAGAAGGUCGAUAACCAGCCGUUGGAUCUGUCAGAUGAUGAAGAUGAUGAGCUGAGGGAGCAGCUGGACAUGCACUCCAUCAUCGUGUCGUGCAUCAACGAUGAGCCGCUCUUCACAGCUGAACAGGUCAUCGAGGAGCUCGAAGAGAUGAUGCAGGAGUCUCCCGACCCCGACGACGACGAGAGUCCCUCCCAGUCCGACCGGUCCGUGCUGUCUCAGGACCUGGGCGCUCUGCAGCGCUCCGGCUCCAACAGCAGCUACGAGGAGUGUCUGCGCCAGCUGUCCGUGUCGGAGCUCAACCAGACCCUGGAGGAAGUGGAGGCCGCCAUCCGCCGCUACAGCGAGGAGCUGAUCCAGGCUCUGGCUCUGAGAGAGGAACUCGACUUUGAAAAGGAGGUGAAGAACAGCUUCAUCUCGCUGCUGAUCGAUGUGCAGAACAAGCAGAAGGAGCACCGCGAGCUGCUGCGGAAGAAGAAGAAGAUCAGGAGCACGACCACGACGGGGCCCGACGGCCAGAGGACGGUCAGCAUGCACAUACCGGGCACGCUCCUCACCCUGGAGGGACUCUCCAGUGUGGUUCAGAACAGCCUCCGUCAAACUUUUGGCUCUGCAGGAGGGGACAAACAGUAUUUGACCACGGUGAUCCCUUAUGAGAAGAAAGCGGGUUCUCCGUCUGUAGAAGACCUCCAGAUCCUCACAAAGAUCCUCCACGCCAUGAGGGACGACAGCGAGAAGGUUCCCGCCCUCCUAACAGACUACAUCCUCAAAGUCAUCCUAGUUUUCCCAGUCGUGUGUGGCUCCUCCAAUGGUUUCCUCAGCUGUGGCUCCUUUUCUACCCACUGCCCUGGCUGAUCAGGAUGUUAAACAUCCAGGCCUCGAGUCCUGUCAGGGUCAAAGGUCAUGUGAUCAGGAAGCAGAACAUCCAUGUGUUAGGAGAUCGUUUUGGGCCGCUGCUGCGAAAAAAGUGAGGUGCGAACCGGAAAAGCUUCUGCCGAUCACAAUUCGACAACGGAUUCUGAAAGAGCAGGUAUCACUAGAAACACGCGGAUUCUUCCUGAUGUAAGAGGUGAGCUUACUCUUUGUUCGGGUAUAUUUGAUGUUGACAUCAUCAUAGAGUGCGACGUUCUGUAACCGUACAAAAACACCCAAAAAAAUCGCUGGCAGUGAGAGGCUUUUCUGACCAGGAAACGGCUGGCAGUUAAUGAGUUAAAGUAUCUCACGCACUAAAGAUUGAGCUACCUAAUCUUCCCAGAAUUUUACAGAAUAUAAUAAUUUCUAGAAUAUUCUCAACCUAAUUUUACUUACUGCUUGUAUAAAUUCUAAUAUUGUUCUAUUUUUCUUCUGUUCAUGUGAGUGAGUUUUUACAUUUUAUCAUCAAGUUGAGUAUUUGAGUAUGUUUAUCUCAUGCGGUUACCAUGGUUACCUUAAUGAGCCACUUGCAGCAACUUUUACAUUUCUUUCGAUCUUGGUUCUUGUUGCUUUUCUUAAACAUCUCAUGUCUUUCACACAUUACUAUUUUAUAGAAGAAAGCUAAUGAAUGCUGAAAUUUUAAUAUUAGACAGUAAUUGUUAUUUUUUAUUAUUAAACUGAACCGACCUGUUUUGUUUUCUAAUGAUCCCAUCUGCCCUGUUCCCUUUGCUGAGGACAAAGUCAUUUCUCUCAGGAUAAAUAAAGCAUUUUACUCUAUCUCUAUUGUUCCCUUGGGGACAUUUAGCAUCAAUAGCUGCCUUCGCUAACAAAUUCCAUCAACAAAGUAUUAAGCUGAAUAAAAAUUGCAUUUUUAUUUUUAUUUAUUUAUUUUCAUUGUUCCCCUUUUUUCCUCUUUUUUCUUCUUUUUUUCUCCUUUUUUCUUUUUUCCCUUUUUUUCUCAUUUUUUCCCUUUUUUUUCCAAAUUUUUUUUAUUGCAUUUUUUAAGGUGUGCUACAAAAUAAUGUUUUUAGAUUAAUUGCUUCCAAACAUUUCCUUAACGUCCUAAAGGUGUUUUUUUGUGUGUGCAGCCUUUAACUAAAAGGUGACGUUGAGUCUUCUAUAAAUAGUGUAUUAGAAGAGGGGGGUUGUUUAUCUCAGGACGGCUGUGUGACACAGCGAUGAGUGGGAUGCCUCUGCUUCCAUUAGGCUCAACAGGCAGCUGAUGACCACCUCUCUCUAGGGCCACUGUUAGACUUCAUUACUGCUGGCUGUUAAUUAUAAAUCUCCAUCCAACUGGGCUUGGAUGGCCUAAAUGUGCCAUAAUGGACCUCACAUGGAAGUAACAGUCCAUUGUCAGGCUGAGCAGAAUAGACUGCACCCACUUACCAGCUCUUAAUGAAUCCCCUUCAUAGCCACCUUGGCUUUAUUGAGGAAGAAGACACUCAGAUAAUAUGAGUUUUGCAUUAAGGGGAUCGUCUUUAUUGCCCAAGAAUCCACCUGAGAGUGAAACAGCACAGCUCAUCUAGACCUCCGUUAGCAUGAUCAGGACAUGGCAAAUCUUACAUCCAAAAUCUGGUUUUGCUGCUUCAUCUUGUCAGAAAGUACGUGCACACUUUAGUGCCACAGGGAGCCACACUUGAACCCUUUAUUAUAUAUAUAUUUUACCGAAAACAAAUCCUAGUUUAAUUCCUUCAAAAGACAAAAAAAAAACCUUCAGACUCAUCACACAAACACACGCUAACAGACAGAGCGCCGUCACCGGAGUCCCCAAAACUUUAUGGCUAGAAGAAAAUAAUUAGUGCACAAAUUUGAUCCUACACAUUGAACGCUAUGACAGAAAACACACGGAGCGCCCUCUGUUGUUCAGGACUUACAUAAAAGUCAUUUUCUACAGCGAAGUGAUCCUCCACGUGUACGCCAUCUUCCACACGGUGGUGCUGGAGCAGAGAAGCUGGAAACAUAUCUCACAUCACUUACAAAUAUUUAAAAUAAAAAAAAGAAUCCAACGCAUUUAAACACAAAAGAGGCCAGCUGAGCAGAGCCACGUUUAAAUAAAUAGUCUUAGCUGAGUUUCAUCAUAACGUUAAGUCCUCUUUCCCUGAAAUAGUGUGUUAGAAGCAGGAGGUUAGACGCUGAUCGCCUCCUUUAAUAAAUACAGAGUAGAUGUAACACACAAUCAGAGUUUAAACGUCUGCUGGUAUAAUUUCAUCUUAAUAUCGGUUUCUACUCUUUGGCAAGACUAACAGUUUAUGUUUACACACUAGAAUGCAGAUUUUACAGGCUUCAUCCGCAGGGAUCUUCAAGUAUCAGGUGUUUUUCUUAUGAAAAAUGAAAUCCUGUUUGGCAUGUAACUAAAUAUCUGUAGAAGGCGGCUCUUCCUCUUAAACUGUCUGUCAGAAGCUUUUAUUUUCCUGGUUUAAACUCACAGGAAGUAGGCGGGGCCUCAUCUCUUAAGAGUCCUCCAGGCGAUAUGCUCCCAGAGACGGCAAAUUCAAGACUUUUAUUUGUCAAAAUCGAACUAAAAGUGGACCGAUACACAGAGUCACAGCCACAGUAUUACCCAUAACCCCCUCCGCUUCCUCGUAUGUUGACCUCUCAGGUCGUGACGCAGCCAACAAAGAAAUCUCUGUUCCCUUUCAGGCUUUUGCCUCGAGGAGUUCGAGGAAUAGUUUGUGCAUGGGCACGCGGCCGUCCUGUUUGAUACUGCAGAAGUGCUGCACGGCUCGGGCGGCCGUCUGACGCAGGAGAGGGAGGGUCAUGAUCAGUUUUCCUGCACGCCGGGAAUCCUCCGGGUGGUGGGCGGUCUCGUAAUCCUGCAGGGAUCCGUGUAGGACGUCCUGGAGCCUCUGGACUCCCUCUGAGUCCUCGAUUUGCAUGGAGUCUAAAGGAUCCAGAGAUGGACUUAGAAAAACACUAUAAUAUGUUAAACUUGAGAAAAAUGGAAAAUAAAAUGUAAUCUUAGUACCUGAGUUUGCAAGAGCAAUAGCUUUAAGGACCACAAACUCCUCCUUUUCCAGGCUCAUGCUUUUGUACUUCUUCACCAGCUGCAGGAUGGCGUUGUUGAGGUCAAAGAGCCCCGCCAGCUUGGACUGCUCCUCGUCCAUGAUGUAGUCCUCCGCGUACACCAGCUUGUCCUCUAAGGCCAGCGAGCGGAACACCACUCGGAGGAUGAGAAUCUCCAUCCAGCCGCUCUGCAGGAGACUCAUCUGGUCUGCUAAAGACAGCGAGGGGAAGCCUGGGGAGAGGAGGCGUGAAUCAGUUGUGAUUCUUAUUGUGACAU